AUGGCGGCACGGAUGCGGCGGGACAUCGAGGCGGUGGACAGGAGCGAGGUGGGGGAGCUGAUGGCGGAGGCCAAGGAGUGGCACCGUAUUGCGGCGGAGGUCGCGGCGGGGAGGGAGACGUACCGCGGCGUGAGGAAGCUGCCCUCGGGCAAGUACGCGGCGGAGUUCUCGGACCCCAGCACCCGGGUUCUGUCGUUGCUGGGCACGUACGACACCGCCCUGGUGGCCGCCUGCGCCCACGACAUCAAGGCCAGGAGCCUACACGGUGACAAGGCCACGACCAACUUCGCCUACCCCCCGCCGCCCGACCUCAUCGCCGCCGUGGAAGCCGUGAUUAGCCACCGCAGCUACGCUUACCCCCCGCCACCUGAGCCGUCCUUCUAUGACGUGGCAGCGGCCGCCUUCCACCGCUUCUGCCACCUGUCGAACCUCCUCGGCCAGUCGAUCCACAUUCUGGAGCCGGCGAGGUCAGCCGAGACCUGCUUCAGCAGCACCGGGGACUCCGCUUCUUCCUCAACCAAUGGCCCGAUGCUCAAGAAGCCCCGGGUUGUCGCUCGUCCUACCACCCCUACCCCUAGUACUGAUCAAGAUUGCGAGAUCGCCGGUGAUAACUUCACCGAACAGGAACAACCCAUGGUUGUUCACACUGCCACCGUCGUCAGCUCCGACGCAGCGCUGUAG